AUAAACAACCACAGAACCACAAGUUGGGUAGCCUGGCAGUGUCAGAAGUCUGAACCCAGCACAGUGGUCAGCAGGCAGGACUAAUCACACUGAAUGCAAACCACAGGGUUUCGCAGCGCGGUAAGAGAAAUCAUUGAGUCCCCCGCCUUCAGAAGAGGGUGCAUUUUCGGGAGGAAGCGAUGGCUUCAGACAGCAUAUUUGAGUCAUUUCCUUCGUACCCACAGUGCUUCAUGAGAGAAUGCAUACUUGGAAUGAAUCCUUCUAGAGACGUCCACGAUGCCAGCACGAGCCGCCGCUUCACGCCGCCUUCCACCGCGCUGAGCCCAGGCAAGAUGAGCGAGGCGCUGCCGCUGGGCGCCCCGGACGCCGGCGCUGCCCUGGCCGGCAAGCUGAGGAGCGGCGACCGCAGCAUGGUGGAGGUGCUGGCCGACCACCCGGGCGAGCUGGUGCGCACCGACAGCCCCAACUUUCUCUGCUCCGUGCUGCCUACGCACUGGCGCUGCAACAAGACCCUGCCCAUCGCUUUCAAGGUGGUGGCCCUAGGGGAUGUUCCAGAUGGCACCCUGGUCACUGUGAUGGCCGGCAAUGAUGAAAACUACUCUGCUGAGCUGAGAAAUGCUACCGCAGCCAUGAAGAACCAAGUGGCAAGAUUCAAUGACCUCAGGUUUGUCGGUCGAAGUGGAAGAGGGAAAAGCUUCACUCUGACCAUCACUGUCUUCACAAACCCACCACAAGUUGCCACCUACCACAGAGCCAUCAAAAUCACAGUGGACGGGCCCCGAGAACCGCGAAGACAUCGGCAGAAACUAGAUGAUCAGCCCAAGCCCGGGAGCUUGUCCUUUUCCGAGCGGCUCAGUGAACUGGAGCAGCUGCGGCGUACAGCCAUGAGGGUCAGCCCACACCACCCAGCCCCCACGCCCAACCCUCGCGCCUCCCUGAACCACUCCACUGCCUUUAACCCUCAGCCUCAGAGUCAGAUGCAGGACACAAGGCAGAUCCAGCCAUCUCCACCGUGGUCCUACGAUCAGUCCUACCAGUACCUGGGAUCCAUUGCCUCUCCUUCUGUGCACCCAGCAACGCCCAUUUCACCUGGACGUGCCAGCGGCAUGACAACCCUCUCUGCAGAACUUUCCAGUCGACUCUCAACGGCGCCCGACCUGACUGCCUUCAGCGACCCGCGCCAGUUCCCCGCGCUGCCCUCCAUCUCUGACCCCCGCAUGCACUACCCGGGUGCCUUCACCUACUCCCCGACGCCGGUCACCUCGGGCAUCGGCAUCGGCAUGUCGGCCAUGAGUUCGGCCACACGCUACCACACCUACCUGCCGCCGCCCUACCCGGGCUCCUCGCAGGCGCAGGGCGGCCCGUUCCAGGCCAGCUCGCCCUCCUACCACCUGUACUACGGCGCGUCGGCCGGCUCCUACCAGUUCUCCAUGGUGGGCGGCGAGCGCUCGCCGCCGCGCAUCCUGCCGCCCUGCACCAACGCCUCCACCGGCUCGGCGCUGCUCAACCCCAGCCUCCCGAACCAGAGCGACGUGGUGGAGGCCGAGGGCAGCCACAGCAACUCCCCCACCAACAUGGCGCCCGCCGCGCGCCUGGAGGAGGCCGUGUGGAGGCCCUACUGAGGCCCCGCGGGCGCCGCCGCCUCCUCCGGGCCGGGCCUCCUGUUCUCCACGAGCCCGCCGCGGCCGCGGUGUCGCGGUCGGUCGGGCGCGCGCAGCCGCCGCCGUCCGCCUGCGCCCAGGCCCUCGCGGGAGUGUCCACCGGCCCCAGCACCCAGGGGACGCGCCGCAAAGCAAACAGGAAGAUUCCCGGAGGGAAACUGUGAAUGCUUCUGAUUUAGCAAUGCUGUGAAUAAAAAGAAAGAUUUUAUACCCUUGACUUAAAUUUUUAACCAAGUUGUUUAUUCCAAAGAGUGUGGAAUUUUGGUUGGGGUGGGGGGAGAGGGGGGAUGCAACUUGCCCUGUUUGGCAUCUAAUUCUUAUUUUUAAUUUUUCCGCACCUUAUCAAUUGCAAAAUGCGUAUUUGCAUUUGGGUGGUUUUUAUUUUUAUAUACGUAUAUAUAAAUAUAUAUAAAUUGAGCUUGCUUCUUUCUCGCUUUGACCAUGGAAAGAAAUAUGAUUCCCUUUUCUGUAAGUUUUAUUUAACUUUUCUUUUGGACUUUUGGGUAGUUGUUUUUUUUUUUUUUUUUUUUUUUUUUUGAGAAACAGCUACAGCUUUGGGUCAUUUUUAACUACUGUAUUCCCACAAGGAAUCCCCAGAUAUUUAUGUAUCUUGAUGUUCAGACAUUUACUUAUGUGUUGAUACUUUUUUAAUUAUUUAAAUGUACUUAUAUUAAGAAAAAUAUCAAGUACUACAUUUUUUUUGUUGUUCUUGAUAGUAGCCAAAGUUAAAUGUAUCACAUUGAAGAAGGCUAAAAAAAAAAGAAUGAGUAAUGUGAUCACUUGGUUAUCUAGAAGUAUUGUUUACAUUAAACUCCCUUUCAUGUUCAUCAAACAAGUGGGUAGUUCACGCAGCAAUGUUUUUAAUAGGAUUUUUAGACACUGAGGGUUGCUCCAAGGAUCAGAAGUAUGGAAUUGUCUCCCAGGCUCAACAAAGGGUCUCAUAUCUAACUUCCUCCUUACAAACAGAGAAGGUCAAUCUAGUUCCAGAGGGUUGAGGCAGAUGCCAAUAAUUAUACCUUUGGAGAGGAUUCAAUUUCUGCCCAGAGAUUUGCUCACCCCAUGGUCAUCUGAUAAUUUUACAGAUGCUGUGUAACAGAACACAUCCAAAGUAAACUGUGUAGGGGAGCCACAUUUACAUAGGAACCAAAUCAAUGAAUUUAGGGGCUAUGAUUGCAGCAAUUUAAGGGCCCACCAGAAGCAGGCUUCAAGGAGCCAAUUUCCCUCUGUGUGCCUCAGUGGAGUCAAAUGGGAAAAUAUGGUCCCACCUAUGCCAGACCCCUGCCACCCCCACCCCGUCCUGUGCUGCUCACAACAUCUUUGUGUUGCUUUCACCGUGCUGAGGCCCUACCCUAUGGGGUGUGUGGACUUUUACCUGUGCACCAGUGUGACAGGAAAGAUUCAUGUCACUGCUUUCGGUGGCUACAAUUCAAAGGUAUCCAAUGUCACUGUAAAUUUUAUGGAACUAUUUUUAUUGUAGGAUUUGGUCAGAAUGCAGUUGUUGUACAACUCAUAAAUACUAACCGCUGAUUCUGACAUAUGUGUGCUCCAAAUGAUCUGGUGGUUAUUUAACGUACCUCUUAAAAUUCAUUGAAAUGACUUCAGGUCAACUCUGAAGAGUAUUUGAAAGCAGGACUUCAGAACAGUGUUUGAUUUUUAUUUUAUAAAUUUAAGCAUUCAAAUUAAACAAAUCUUUGGCUGCAGGCAGCAAAAACAGCUGGACUUAUUUAAAACAACUUGUUUUUGAGGUUUCUUAUAUAUAUAUUGAUUAUUUGUUUUACACACAUGCAGAAGCACUUUGGUAAGAGUUAAAGGGUAAAGCAGCUUAUGUUGUCAAGUCGUUCUUAUCUGGAGAAGAGCUAUAGCAGAUCUCAGAAAAACUCAGAAUAUAUUCGCUUUCAUUUUAGACAGAAUUCCCUCCACAACUCAGUUUCAUAUGUUAUUCCAUUUUACAUUUUUGCAGCUAAAUUACCAUCAGAUUUCAGCAAAUGCAAAAAAUUUAAUUUCUGAAAAGGACCAUUAGCCUGUUUCCCCCAAAUUGAACGUUAAGUGUUCUUUUCAGCACAUGUUGCUAUGUCUGACCUGCAAAAAUGCUGGAGGAAAAUGAAGUAAAAAAAUUAUAUUUUUCAGUUUAAUUCUGCUACCUGAAGAUAUCCCAAUUCAAAAUCAGCCUCAUGCUCUGCAAGGGGAAUUAGAUAAUUUCUCACAUUGAAGCUUUACUCUCAAAGUCAUGUGUGGAGAGGGCUUGUCACUAUUGUGGACCCACUGGUUUGGUCAUUUAGAGUUUCACAGACUCUUACCAGCAUAUGUAGUAAUUAAUUGUUUCAGAAAAAAAAUCAAACCUUAGUUGUUUUGGAAAUAGGUCUCACGCAACACAUUUUUGUAUGUGUGUGUGAAAAAUUGCAUUCAUUGACUUCAGGUAGAUUAAGGUAUCUUUUUAUUCAUUGCCUUCAGGAAAGUUAAGGAAGCAAUGAGACCCUUAUGCCAAUCAUGUGAUAACUGCAUGUAUCUGGGAACCACUGGGCCAGGAGAAGUAUGGAGUAAGCCAUUUCUACUGCUUACUCAUGUCCCUAUUUAUGAUUUCAACAUGGACACGUAUGUCAGUCCUUUCUGUUUUUCUCACUAGCUAUAAAUACAUUUUCCUUUCUCUCUUCCCCCCAAUAUCUCCCUCUUUUUCUUUCUUCCUCUAUCUUCCAAACUCCUUUCUCCCUCCUCAUUUUCCUGUGUUCUCUUAAGGAGAUAGCACAUGCCCCCCACCCAGUACCAAAUUGCAGAACACAAGCAGGUCUAGUUCUUCCCCCUUCACAUAAAGGAACAUGGUGAGUCAGACUUUCUCCUAGCUAUGGGUUUCUUCCAGCAGAACAGAGACAUUGCCAACCAUAUUGGAUCUGCUUGCAGUCCAAAUGCACUAACGAAAACUUUCCUGGGCAAAUCACAAUCAGUGAGUAAACAGCCUUUCUGCUGCCUUGGGUUUCUGUGCAGAUAAACAGAAAUGCUCUGAUUAGAAAGGAAAUGAAUGGUUUCACUCAAAUGUCCUGCAAUUUAGGAUUGCAGAUUUCUGCCUUGAAAUACCUGUUUCCUUGGGACAUUCCGUCCUGGUGAUUUUUAUUUUUGUUGGUUUUUAUUUUGCGGUGGGGCGGGGGGCAGGGAGGAUGACACGUUUGGGUCUUUUAUACAUGAAAAUUUGUUUGACAAUAAUCUCACGAAACAUUUUUUUACAUCUGAACAAAAUGCCUUUUUGUUUACUUUAGCAUAUACAUUCAUUUUGGGAUAUUUGUUUAUUUGUUGGGGAUUUUUGUUUCUAGCCAGGUCAGUAUUGAUAAAGCUGAUCGUUUGGCUUUUUAUUUUGUUCCUUCCAGAAGAGUUGCAUCAACAAAGUUAAUUGUAUUUAUGUAUGUAAAUAGAUUUUAAGCUUCAUUAUAAAAUAUUGUUAAUACCUAUAACUUUUUUCCAUUUUUUGGUGUGUGUUUCUAAGGACUUUUUCUUAGAUUUGCUGAAUACUGUAGGGGGAAAAAAUGCUUCUUUCUACUUUAUUUUAGACUUUAAAAUGAGCUACUUCUUAUUCACUUUUGUAAACAACUAAUAGCAUGGUUCCAGUUCUUUUUUAAGUUCACUUUUUGUUCUAGGGGAAAUGAAUGCGCAAAAAAAGAAAAAGAACUGUUGGAUAUUUGUGUUAUUCUGGAUGUAUAAACAUCAAUGGAGAAAAAUAAACUUUCAAAUUGAAAUGACGGUAUAACACAUCUAUUGAAAAAGCAGCGGGAAAUGUAGUCCUAUUUAAACAAGCCCCCAUCUAGGGUCUAUUUGUGUGGCAGUUAUUGGGUUUGGUCUCAAAGCUUCCUGAAAAAUCAUGUGUGGGGUUCUUUCUCCCUGGUACAACCGUAUUGAACGCUUCCUAAAGGGGAACUGUCAAGCUCGUGUCUUCAACCAGAUGAGAUGAGAGAAUACCCCAAAACCCCCUCUCCAAGGUGUUUCUAAACAGCACAGGAGAGCAGGUACUCCACUGUACACAGUCAGGUGGGCAGCCUCCCCGCUCCCGGGAGCAUUCAUCCUGCCCAGCCUGUGCAGGGCAGCUGGACUGCUGCUGCUCAGGAGCCGCCGGAGCCUUCCUCUCUUUGUAUCACAGUUUCUUCUGUAAAUCCAGUGUUAUAAUCAGUGUGAAUGGCAAAUAAACAGUCUGACAAGUACACACACCAUA